CGGGUGUGAUUGUCACAAUUUUUACAAAAAUUUCAAUCGAUCAUAGUUUUACAAUUUUACAACAAUAAUAAAACUGCUUUUAUAUAUGAAAGACACGUUUGCAACGUAAAACGACUAUUUUAACUGCUCGUCACUCUGUUUGUGAAGGUUGUGAGGAAGAUGGCGUCGUUUACGGCGCAGGCAGCUCUACGUUCACGAUGGAGCUCUCUUAUAGAGUCGACGAGUGUGGAUGUACCGGGAGAAGUAACAGACGGAGUCCACUCCGUUGUUGGAUGGCUCAAACAGGCGUCGCUGGAGGUGCGUCAGGUGGGACGGCGCGCGGUGAGCCAGCUAUCCGGCCGUGGCAUGGACGAAGUUGUCAUACUCCACUUCAACGAUGUGUACAACAUCGAACCCACUACCAGUGCAGAGCCGGUGGGUGGUGCGCUACGGUUUAGCACAGCCGUCAAAUCGUUACAACACUUGAAUCCUCUGGUGCUAUUCAGCGGUGACGUGUUUUCACCGAGCAUGCUUAGCACAUUUACAAAGGGCGAGCAAAUGGUGCCCGUGUUAAAUGAAAUCGGAACACACUGUGCAGUAUUCGGCAAUCAUGAUUUUGAUUUCGGUCUGGACGUGCUGUCGGGUCUAGUGAGCAAAUGCAACUUCCCGUGGUUGAUGUCGAACGUGAUAGACAAUGAGACCGGUCGCCCCCUCGGCGACGGCAAGAUCACCCACGCUCUCAUCUGUAACGGUCACAAAAUCGGCCUCAUCGGGCUCGUAGAACAGGAAUGGCUGGACACUUUGGCUACGAUAAACCCAGAGGAAGUCACAUUCAUAGACUUCCUGCAGGCCGCAGACAAACUAGCUGGACAACUUAAGCAGGAGGGAUGCGAGUACGUCAUAGCUUUAACUCACAUGAGGACACCCAACGACAUAAAGUUGGCAGAAGGCACAACAGAAAUCGACCUAAUUUUAGGUGGCCAUGACCAUGUUUAUGAAGUUUUAGAGGUAAACAAGAAGUAUAUCAUAAAGAGCGGAACUGACUUUCGUCAAUUUAGUAAAAUAAUAAUAACCUUUGACAAAGACACUGGACCCAAAAUAGACAUUUCUGCAGUGGACGUGACAAGUUCGUUUGCGGAAGAUUUAGAACUUAAGGCCAAAGUGGAGCAGUAUUCUUCGAUGAUAGAGGGCAAGAUGGACGAAGUGCUCGGCAAAUUCUGCGUUCCUCUGGAAGGUCGAUUUUCCGUCAUCCGACGUCAGGAGUGUAACCUCGGCAACUGGGUAUGCGACGUGCUACUGGCGGCCACUAAUGCGGAUCUGUUGCUUCUCAACUCUGGCACUUUCCGCUCGGAUCAGGUGCAUCCAGCGGGUGAGUUCACACUUCGGGACCUCUGCGCCAUCAUCCCCAUGCGAGAUCCGCUGGUCGUGGUGGAGGCGUCUGGUGACGUGGUGCUGGCCGCCCUGGAGAAUUCCGUCAGCAAAUACCCCAGCCUCGAAGGACGAUUUCCUCAGGUGGCGGGCGUAUCGUUCGCUUUCGACCCGACGGCGCCGGUGGGGCGGCGCAUCGACGAGCGCGUCGUGAAGAUCGGCGACGAGUACCUGUCGCGCACGCAGACUUACCGGCUCGCCGUCAAGCGGUACCUGCACGCCGGCAACGACGGCUACACCAUGCUGCCGGGGUGCAAGCUACUGGUGCCGGAGGAUAUGUGUCCCGAAGUGGGCACCGCUAUACAGAACCACUUCGCGGCGAUCGCGGUGCGCACCGGCCGCGCGCGACCCAGCAAGCACCGCCAGUCGCUCGUCACGCUCAGUCGCAGGCACAGUCUAGUCAAGUCGUUGGACUGCGGAGAGCUGGACGGUCCGCCUCCGCUGCGCCGCGCGAACACAUCUGUUUCGCACGAUCCACCGCACCACAGGUUGACUCGACGUGCCUCCCUAGACGACCUCGAGCAAAGUGCUUGCGAGCUGGCCCCAAAAGUGGAGAACCGGAUUAUAGUGCUCGACAAGCCGGAGAAACUGCAUCAGUUGUUAGCUGAAAGGAAACGCUGGGAGUCGGAUUCCGUCAUCAAAGAAGUGGACGAUGAAAAUUCUCCGUAAUUUUGAAUACUUCGCGCAAUUUGUUUUGGCCUACUUUAUCAUUUUAAAAACGAGUAAAAUCACUGUUUGUCUUAGACCCUGAUUUUUUUAAAUGCUAAUAAUUCAGUAUUUUCUUUAUAUGUACUUCAGUUACCAAAAUUGCAGUAAUGUACGUACUGAAUUCGUAAGGCGUACGAGACUAUAAUACCUACAUACGUAGCGAUUUGAGAAAGGAUUAUUUUCUUAUUGAAUUAAAUGACAGAAUUUCUAAGUGAAUAAAGUUCGCAGAUUUGUCGCCAAGAAAUGUAUUUCUGCGAAAUAUUGUGUAACAAACACACUAGUUAAAAAAAAUACAAUGAGUGUCGAAAAACUGAAAACAUAAUAAUGUUUAAAAUUCGCAGUUUGAUGCUAAAAUAUCUUACGUUCGUAAACUGAUUAUUGUUACAAUUCACUUUCUACGUUGUUAUUUCAUAUAAUAUGAUCUUCCAAAUCUAUGUAUCGAUAUUCCAAAACUGUAAUAGUCUUCCUUAGAGAUGUAUCAAGUUAGUGAUCCAAGUUGUGAUCGAUUUGACUCGAAUUGUGCUGACACGAGUUUUAAUAAGAUCGAUUUCUUUGAUUAUAUUUAUCAUAUUGCAAUUGAAAAGGCCUCACAAGUCUUUCAGUUAACUUUAAAGGUUAUUUCAAAAAUGAUCUUACAAAAUACAUACUUGUCUGUAAUAAUCUUUGAGAUGUGUCGAACUGUAGAAUGUCAAAUUAGUACGAAUUACUAGACAUGAAUUGCAAGCA